CGCCUUCACAUAGAUACAGUGGCUUCUUCUUCUUCUUCUUCUUCUUCUUCUUCUUCUUCUUCUUCUUCUUCCUCUUCUUCCUGCUUGUUCAUCCUUUCAGCAGCAAAAGCAGAUAAAAAUAAUUCACGGAAACGAGCAUGGAGAGGCCAUUAAUAUCUUAGCGUAUCAGAGCCUCUCUACCAGUCCCUAUCUUUGUUUCUUUCUCUCUGUCUCUCUUGAAUGAGUGACAACCCUAAAACAGUACUUCUCAGAAUUCAAACUCACCAGAAACCUACCCAGCCGUGGAUCCAUCAACCAUGAGCAGCUUGGAGGACUCCCUGAGAUCUCUGUCCCUGGACUACCUCAAUCUCCUCAUCAACGGCCAAGCCUUCAGUGACGUCACCUUCAGCGUGGAGGGUCGUCUGGUCCACGCGCACAGGUGCAUCCUGGCUGCCCGGAGCCUCUUCUUCCGCAAGUUCUUCUGCGGGCCGGACCCUCCUUCCGGACUGGACCCGAUGUCGUCGCCGGGAUCGUGUAGGUCGGGUACGUCGUCGUCAUCGACGUCACAGAGAGGGAUGAGUAGUUCGCAGGUAAUACCGGUGAACUCGGUCGGGUACGAGGUGUUCUUGUUGCUGCUGCAGUUUUUGUACAGCGGACAGGUCUCGAUAGUUCCUCAGAAACACGAGCCGAGGCCUGAUUGUGGGGAGAGGGGCUGUUGGCACACGCAUUGCACCUCCGCCGUCGAUCUCGCACUUGACACUCUCGCCGCCGCUAGAUCUUUUGGUGUUGACCAACUCGCAUUGCUUACUCAGAAGCAAUUGGCUAGCAUGGUGGAGAAGGCGUCAAUUGAUGAUGUGAUGAAAGUGCUGUUAGCUUCCAGAAAGCAGGACAUGCACCAGCUCUGGACAACAUGCUCUCACCUUGUUGCCAAGUCUGGUCUCCCGCCGGAGGUACUCGCCAAGCACCUUCCCAUCGACGUGGUGGCCAAAAUAGAAGAGCUCCGCCUCAAAUCCUCCAUCGCACGCCGCUCAAUGAUGCCCCACCACCACCAUCACCAUCACCACCACGACAUGGGUGCUGCUGCUGAUCUCGAGGACCAGAAGAUUCGUCGAAUGAGACGAGCAUUGGAUUCAUCCGAUGUCGAACUGGUGAAGCUUAUGGUGAUGGGGGAAGGCCUAAAUCUCGACGAGGCACUAGCAUUACACUAUGCUGUUGAAAGUUGUAGCAGAGAGGUAGUGAAAGCGUUGCUUGAACUCGGAGCAGCCGAUGUCAACUACCCAGCCGGGCCAGCGGGCAAAACCCCACUCCACAUUGCCUCUGAAAUGGUGUCUCCGGACAUGGUGGCCGUACUCCUCGAUCACCAUGCUGAUCCUAAUGUCCGAACCGUCGAUGGAGUCACUCCCCUAGAUGUGCUUCGAACCCUAACGUCGGAUUUUCUCUUUAAAGGGGCUGUUCCUGGACUGACUCACAUUGAACCCAACAAGCUCAGGCUCUGCCUUGAACUUGUUCAGUCGGCUGCUCUUGUUCUCUCCCGUGAAGAAGGCAAUAACAAUGCAAACAAUUCUGCUUCUAAUUCUUCCAACACGGCCAUUUAUCCACCGAUGAGUGAUCAUCACGAUCAUCAUAGCACAGGCAGCGGCGGCAGCAAUAUUAGCCUUAACUUGGAUUCGAGAUUGGUGUAUUUGAAUCUUGGGGCAACCGGGUCAUCCACAGCUCAAAAUCAAAUGGGGUCUUCAAGAAUGGAUGGUGAAGAUCAUCAUCAACAUCAUCAUUCUCAUGGUAGACAAGGAGGCUGUGAUCCAUCAACAAUGUACCACCACUCCCAUGACUUCUAGGCUCGAUCAUGCAUCCAUCACUUAUAAUAUUGGAGAGAAAAUUCAUGAAUAUUAUUCCAUGGAAAUUAAUUAAUAUUGAAUUUUAUAA